AAGUGACUGCCAAGCUGAAACUGACAAGGGGUUAUCUCUACUUCGGAGAAAGGGGCUCGGGGCUCUCCAGGAGAGGCAGCCUCCCCUACAGUUCCUGCUCACUUUGCACAGCACUCGGGAGGCUUCUUUCUCUGUGUCCCCCUCGCCCUCCCCCCCCCUUUUUUUUGGUGUGUCUCUCAGAUCUUGAUCUGGAUGAGGAAACGGUUUUUGGGAGCAUUUUCUCUUUGAAAAACCAUCUCCACCCUGUGGGGUUUACCGUCCUAGAGGUGAUGUAGUCUGAAGAGGACCAAGCAGUCUAAGAAAUAUCCCAGCGGAUCGGGUUGUUUAUGGAGCUUUGGGCUGCGGCCAAGCCCGCUGCCCUGCCCCCAUCCUGUUGCCGAGGCAAUGGUGCCCCGGCUCCGCGGAGGACAGCAGCCGCCGGGCCUCGGGGGCUGACCCUGGAGGAGAAGGAGGAGGAGGGGACAACAGUAGCGGAGUCAGAGCUGGAGCAGCAGCAGGGCUUGGAAGCGCGGCCGGACCCAGUACUAUGGCUGUGUAUUGCUAUGCGCUGAACAGCCUGGUGAUGAUGAAUAGUAGCAAUAAUGCGGAGAGCGGCAGCGGUGGCUGCAGCAGCAGCAGCAGCAAGGCGCCCCCGCCCCCUGGGAGCCCCGGGCUGCCGGUGCCCGUGCUGAGUCCGGGCAGCAGCGUCUUCAGCCCGGGGAGAGGCACCUCCUUCCUCUUUCCACCAGCCGAUCGGCUGUCGCCGGACGAGCCCCGGAGCCGCGGGAGUUGGCGGGGCGGCGGCAGCAGCAGCAGCAGUUGUAGCAGCAACAGUAGCGGCAGCGGCGGCAGCAGACGGAGGUUGAACAGUAGUAGCAGCAGCGUGGGCAGCCCGAGUUGGGCACCGCGUCUGGGAGGGGAGGGGCAGCAGGUGGUGUCCCCGGGCAGCCUCUCCCCAACUGGGCCGGAGGAGGCCAAGAAGAAGCUGAGGAUCUUGGAGUGGGAGCUGCAGAACGUGCAGGUGAAUCAGAAAGUGGGCAUGUUCGAGGCGCACAUCCAGGCGCAGACCUCCGCCAGAGAAGCGUCCCGGAGUCCCCGGCUGGGCAGGGCCCGUUCGCCCUCCCCUUGUCCGUCCCGCAGCAGCAGCCAGCCCCCCGGCAGGGUCCUCACAGAGUACACCCGUAUCGAGGAGAGGAGGACAAAAUCCUGGGGAGAGCAACGCUUGGAGACCCCAGUGGAGAUGGGGAGCAAGGAGGGCCAGUCCCGAGAAACUAGAGGAUCCGCUUUCCCCCUGGAUACAGAGAGGAGGGAGCUUACCCUCAGGGCGUCGGGUCGGGCUGCUCCAAUGGAGCCUGGGAACUGGAGCCUGACACGUGGGGCAGAGGGUUCCCCAUCUGGGGUGGAGAUGGAGAAAGGGUCCCCUGUAGAGCAGGCCUGUGGCUCAUUCACGACUAAGGAGGUCCAUAAGGGAGGCCAUCCUUUCCCUGGAGCGCAGGGCUGCGAGACCCUUGUAGGCUCUGGAGGAGCAAAGCUCUCUAGAGAAGCCGGCUCAGCCGGGGCUAAAGAAGUAGAAAGGAGGGGCUCCACAGGCAGGGAGCCCCCAUAUGAGAUUCUCUCCCAGGAGACCUCUGCUUGGAUAGAGAGAGGUUUUGCCUCUUCUGGUGUCCAGGAGAACCAAACGCACAGAGAAGGGGGAGCCAGGUGUUGGGGGACACCUGCGGCUCAAGAGAAGGGCAAGAUCGGUGUCUCGAAGGCUCUUGAGAAACUGGAGAAAGGAAAUCUGCCUGGCCGAGUGCAGGGAUCCUUGGCUUCUGUGGAGAGUGAGAGCAGGACCACCCCGUCUUUGGAUAUGCAAAGCUCUGAGGCCAGGGGUUGCACCCGGGCAUCCAGAGAGCGGAGCGCGGCAGCACCAGUGGAUCCCCGAAAGAAGGGGUCCCUGGUAGCUUUAAUGCAGAAGCCAGACUCUGAGCAAGGGGAGAAAACAGGGACCAAAUCUUUUGGAAUUUCAGGCAGGGCUGUGCAUCUGGAGAAGGUGGAGGUGGAGUUGGAGCUGGAGUCCAGAAUUCUUCAUGACUACAGGCAAGACACUUUGCCUUGCAGGGAUCAAAUAGAAAAGGAGGAAGGUUAUCAGUGUUCUCCCAAGAACAGUUUUGGUGUGCAGAUCAAAAGCUUGGUGACUUGGCCUGGCCCAAUGGAAGAGGCUGGCACAACCUGGACAGACCCUGGUCGAGUGGUACAAUCAGAUGGAACUUCAGAGAGGAAGCGGCAACAGGAACAGCAAGAGAAUGGUCAGGGUAAAGAGCUGACCCCUGAAUCUGAGAGGAAGCCUUCCCUAAGGGAGGCUUGUUGUCCCAGCAACAUCCCAGCAGUCAUUAUCACAGAUAUGGGUGCCUUGGAGGAUGGGGGCUUAGAGGAAGCUCAGGGAAGCCCUCGAGGGAUCAUGCCUUUGAGAAAGCUGUCUUCCUCCUCUGCCUCUUCCACUGGUUUCUCCUCAUCCUAUGAUGAUUCAGAGGAGGACAUUUCCAGUGAUCCAGAGCGCUCUUUGGAUCCGAACUCAGCUUUCCUUCAUACCCUGGAUCAGCAGAAACCUAGAGUGAGCAAAUCAUGGCGGAAAAUCAAGAACAUGGUGCACUGGUCUCCUUUCGUCAUGUCCUUCAAAAAGAAGUACCCUUGGAUCCAGCUGGCAGGGCACGCAGGGAGUUUCAAAGCUGCAGCCAAUGGCAGGAUCUUGAAGAAACACUGUGAAUCAGAGCAACGUUGUCUUGAUCGCCUUAUGACGGAUGUUCUGAAGCCCUUUGUCCCUGCCUACCAUGGGGACGUGGUGAAGGAUGGGGAGCGGUAUAACCAGAUGGAGGACUUGCUGGCUGACUUUGACUCUCCCUGUGUGAUGGACUGCAAGAUGGGAGUCAGGACCUAUCUGGAGGAGGAGCUCACCAAAGCUAGGAAGAAGCCCAGCCUUCGGAAAGACAUGUACCAGAAGAUGAUUGAAGUGGACCCUGAUGCCCCAACAGAAGAAGAGAACAAUCAGAGGGCAGUGACCAAGCCCCGUUACAUGCAGUGGAGAGAAACCAUCAGCUCAACAGCCACCCUUGGAUUCAGGAUCGAGGGCAUUAAGAAAGAAGAUGGCUCUGUGAACCGAGAUUUCAAGAAGACCAAAACAAAGGAGCAAGUUACUGAAGCUUUCAGAGAAUUCACCAAGGGAAACCGUAACAUCCUGAUUUGUUACCGGGACCGGCUGAAGGAUAUCCGUGCCACCUUGGAAAUCUCACCAUUUUUCAAGUGCCAUGAGGUCAUUGGCAGCUCUCUCCUCUUCAUCCAUGACAAAAAAGAGCAAGCCAAGGUAUGGAUGAUUGACUUUGGAAAAACCACACCCCUUCCGGAGGGACAGACCCUUCAGCACAACAUCCCUUGGCAGGAAGGAAACCGAGAAGAUGGCUACCUCUCAGGACUGGACAAUCUCAUUGACAUCCUAACAGAAAUGUCUCAGAGUGAGGCCCUCCCCUGAGAGCCAUUCCUUCCCCUCCUCCUUGUACUUCGUCUUUUCUCCUACUUUCCUCCUUCUCUCCCCUAUCUGGAUCCUAGAACUGACUUGCAAACUGCACUAUAAGACACUUUCUAGAGGUAGAGAAGGAAAAAAAGAGAGAGAGAGAGAGAUGUCCAAGCUAUCUCAAGUUAAAGGGUUUGUGUUAGGGUUUGGGCAGUUGUUUUCGUUUUGUUUUCUUGUAAAUAGAACCAAAAAAAAACCCAGAUUCAGGUUUGACUUCUAGAAAAGGAUCCAUUUGGUUUUUAAGGGAUGGGGGCAGAUGGUGACUGGCCCAGGGGUACUCAAAGCAUCUUUUGACUCCUCCUGAUCCAUUCCCCCAGCCAAAUUAACACGAGCUUUUAAAUACGACAUUUUGUCUUCCACCCUCCUCCAGACCGACGUGUUCUUUCAUUCUUGCUAAAGGUAAAACCUGGCCUGUGAGAGAGGAUGCUCUAACUUGGCCCCACACAGACAGCACUAGACAGAUCAUCAGCGGCCCUGUGGAGGGAGCUCCCGAGUAAACGUACUGGCAAGGAUCAAGCUUGUCUGUGGAGACUUGCUACCAUCUAGUGGCCAUUUUGGGUAAUGCUCUCCCUUCUGAGCAGUCAGUCUGUCCCUCACCCUGGGAAUCUUGUGUGAGAGACCUUCGGAAUUUUUACAAUGAGAGAGGCUUGCAAGAAUCUGGAAUGAGCGGGCUUGGGGCUUCAGUAAGACUUAGAGCAGAUCCAUUAAUCCCACCUCCAAUUUGAAAUUCAAUCUUUGGGGAAGUGGAGCCAUAGCAUUUCUGGGUUCGGUGACAAAUUUUCUGGGGCAGGGGGACAAGGGUAGAGAACUAGGUCUCCCUAUCUCAAGCUAGAAAUUCAGUACCAUUCCCCCAGGGCCAGAUCCUACUUCUGAUCUCUGCCUUUCCAACCUUGGUCAAUUUGCCCCUCUGUCCUUAGGCAGCCUGGCCACCUUCCACUUGAGGGGCUCGCCAUAUUGGUGCCAAACUUAGUACAGACUCCCCUUCAGCUUUAGCACUUCAAUAGUAUAUUUCCAGAAGAAAAUAAGGCCAACUCUUCAAUCGAUAAUGAACAUAACCUUUCAAGGCAUUCAAUUUUCCUCCCUCCCAAACUUCCUUCCUUUUUUUUUUUUCCUUUACGCUCCCAUCUCGAAGCUAAUUCUUCAUGAAGCUGAAAUGUGAGGGUUGGAGUUGCUUAGCCAGGGUACUUGAAGAGGAAACAGUACCAUAGAAGGGAGAGGUGAAAAUGUGGGGACUCUUCUGCCCAUGGAAAAAUGUCAGGAGGUUCUCAGAAAAUUCCUUGGAGGUUGACAAAGAAGGGGGCCUUGAGCCCCUCUCCCUGUCGGCCCUCUAUCUUUCAGACCUCCCACUCCAAACCUUUCCUUUUCUUCAGCUACAGUGAGCAUCAUCUACCACAUAUUCAGGAGGUCACCACACUAGGCACCCUAGGUUCUAGAGAUCUGAAAUCGGUACCUGAGAGAAUUUCUGGAUGGUAUCAUGCAUGGAGGAAGCACUGUAUCUUUGUAUUAUUAUCAUCACUUUUUUCCCAAAAAAGAGAGAGAAAGGAAAAAUUUGAGGCAUCAAGGACUUUUUCAACCAGGAAUAGAAGAUCCCAAGUUAGCUAGAUGUGUGUGUGUGUGUGUGUGUGUGUGUGUGUGUGUGUGUGUGAGAGAGAGAGAGAGAGAGAGAGAGAGAGAAUGAGAGAGAGAGAGAGAGAAUCUCUACAAUGGGUGUCUGGAUGGAAUUGUCCAGGUUAAGAGAUUCUUGGGUCUGGGAGCUGUUUGAUGAUUUAUCACCUUCCCCUACCCACCAGGAUCCCUUAGGAGAAGUACACAAGGAUGUGCCUGACUGUGACAUCUUAUGUAUGGGCAUGUAUAUGUUUAUCUUUACAUAGCUAGGAAGUUAUCAAGAGGUGGUUUGAUAGACUGACUAGAAGAGGGACAAUGUGGAGCUGUCCAAGGGGAGCUAUAAAAAAUUUAAACUUGUAUGGAUUUUGUUGAACAGAGAAGUGAGCUCCUGAAUAAGCUAAUUCACCCCCUCCUCCCUUCCUGCCCCAGCAAACAAAGAGAAACCCCAUGACAUGCAUGUCAGCAGCUGUAGUGUGCAAGGGAUCCUGAGAUCCAAGAACAGCUCUGGGUCUCUUAGGAAUGUUUAUUGGGGAUUCUUGGCCAAGAUUGUUAGUAGGAGAGGCUCCGGAAGAAAUCAGUCUCCCAAUUGCAUCAGUCAAUCAGCAAAUAAUUAUGAAUACUUGUUCCUCCCACAUAACUAUAGUAAAGUCUCAUGAAUUCACACCUUGCUAACCUAGAAUUCUCAUUAAUUCAGAUGUGGGCCUGGCUGAAGUUUACUUUUACAUUGUAUAGGGGGGAAAAAGGUUUUGCUCAGCAAACUAAUAGUUUAAACUGAGGGCCAUCUCCAGUCGUCCUGGCUACUGGACCCAGAUGGCUCUGGAAGAGAAAGUGAGGCUGGUGACUUUGCCUACCCUCCUCACUUAAAUCCAAUUCACUUGCAUAUGGUGGCAUCAUCUUCCUUAUGUCAUGGUCUUCUUUGAGAAUAAAGGCAAACAGCAAUGAUAGUUUAAACAAGAUCUAAAGAGACGUUGAGAUUUUAACCCACUUAAGAGCACAACUUUCAAGAACUCAAUUAUAUGUAGAUUAUGUGCUAAAAAAAAUGACAUUUCAUAAAGCUACCCCCCUUGGGGGUCUCUCCUUGGCUAGGCCUCAUCGGCCAUUAGUUUGGGUCCUUGAAAACAGCAAAACUGCCUUUCUUUCUAAUUCUCCCAUAGUUGAGAUUUUUCAGUGUUCAGGCAGGUUCUCCACCCAGUCCCCCUUUCUCCCUGAUCGAAGUUGCUGAAGUUUAUGCUGUAUUCCCAAGUUACAAAUCCAUACUUCACCCUUCUUCCUUUUUAUCAUCACAUCCCCUUUUUGUGUCCAGUUCAUUGGCUUUUUCAUCCUGGCCCCCACAUGGCGAGGGAGCCCUAGAAUGGGAAAUCCAGAGAUAUUUUUUUCCUCUCCUCUCAGACUUUAGUGCCUAAUUAGAGUCUCCAUUGGGUCUUGGACAUUUAGGGACAGCAGGAAAAAUGGCUGAGUUGUAUGUAUGUAUGUAUGUAAUUCCCUUGUCAUUUUUUUUCUUUAAUAAGACUAUAGCAGAUAAGACAAGUCUUUUUACCUUUCUAAAUUAUGCGAGAUUCAGUACUAAUUUGUCUGCACUGUUGAGCUUUUAUCUAAGUUUUAUCCCUAGCCGCAUUAGGUGGAUUUGCCUCUAGUGUCAUGGAAGAAAUUUUUAAAUUAUAUUUAUUUUGUGUUGGUUUUUUUUUUAAUUGCACAAAACACUAAGACUAAGUACCUGUAAGUUUGUUUGGGCUUUUUUUAAGCUUUUUGUUCUUUCUGAACUUACUUUCUCAGCUUUUUGGAAAGGGCCUGGAAGUACUUUUGUGCAUUUGUCAGGUUUUCUUUUCCUAUUUUUUAGCUGUAUUUAGCAUUGCCUUUCUCUAGACACGGUUAGCCUCCACAUGUAUAUAAACCAGGCCCUUGCUUGAUGGGUUUCACAAAAAAAAAAAGCGGGUUGUUCAUUCCCAUUGUUGGUGCCUUCCCUUUUGGCCAAGAGCCUUCAUGCCACAGAGGUCUCUCCUUGUUCCCUCCACCCUCUGCCUGGGCAUUAGAUAAAAAUCCGAAUUGUUAUAAAACACCAGCACGCAGUGCCUGUAUGAAAAGCAACCAAUGACCUAUAACUUUCUAAAUAAAGGUAUAUGGAAACCAUUGAAA